UAUCACUAGUGUUGUGUCGGUAGUGUUGGUGGGCGGACGUACGCUCUCUCACUCCGUGUCGUACUCUGUGUGGUAUCUCCCUUAUAGGACUACAGUGUUGUGUUAGCACCGGGACGUGACGGCUUCAGUGACUAGUCGCCGUGUCGAAGUGUGCUUUUUUUUACUCUCACCGAAUUUGGGCGCCCACGAGAUGUUCGGCGGCCGCUCUAGGAUUUCAGAGACGUUAAUUGGAUCAUCUUAGCAGGGGUCAAGCGGAGGCUAAGCGAUCCCUCCUGCUUGUGUGCGUGUGUGUGUCUGUCAUCAAUUUUCUACGUGAACAAGACUCAGCUGAAGGGAAGUAACACAACCACGUCCAGAAGCCACGUCAGCUGAUAUAGAUAAGAUGACCGUCAACCGAUGAAAUGGAACCAGAAGGCCGGACGAGGUCAGGGGCCAAUAGGAGUAGCAGUAGGCGAGGCCCACGCUCUGAUUGGCGAAGCAGUAACCAAUCAGGGGGCACCAAUUCCUCCGCCAACCAGUACUCCUCCAGUGACGAGGAGUGUGACGUCAGAAGCAGCGGACGAGGAUACCGGGCGUCUCAGAGAACAGAUAUCCCAGUGGGCAGUUUUCGUCUCCAGUGCCUUCUGCCGAGAACACGUGACCGUAGCAGCAACCGUUCCCGCGCCACCACUCCACUGAGCCACACGUCAGAGCCUGACCUGGGAGACCCGCCCUCUCUCGGCUCCCUUCACGACACCGCCCAUAACAACCUCUCCCACUAUCGAGGCCAGUACGCCCCCUCCUCUAACGGCCCUGGGGGAGGCACGGGAGGCGGCGGUGGAGUAGGUGGAGGAGGUGGAGGUGGUGGUGGAGGGUCAGACGCCACCUCAGCUGCCGUCAUGAAUCAGCUGGGGUCAGGUCAUGGAAAUUACUACCAUGAAAUACCAGCUGGCGGUCUCCACUACGCUAACCACCUCGAUGAGUACGACUCCCCCGUUAUGAAGGGGGGGCGUAAGUUCCCCCAGGGGCGCCGCAUGCAGGCCGGGGGGUCGUCUCUCUCCUCGUCUGACAAUAAUUCGGAUACGACAUAUGCUGAGAGCGACAUCAACUCCAGCUUGAGGGCGAAGAUGGCGGCUCUAGACAAUGACGCGGCCGGCACCCCACCAGACCCCGCUCCCCCGGAGGUGCCCAUCCGAGGCCCCUCCCACCACCACCCACUCCUGGCGGCCAACAGAAGGGCGGCGGGGGGGCUCUCCGCCAACAGCACCAACCCCCCAGUGGCUCCCCCAUCCCCCCACUACCCAGACCACCACCCAGACGACACCUACCAGCAGCCUAAUUUUCUCUCCCAAGUGUUCAAAGCAGAGUAUUUGAUGAGUGGCAACAGUCCUCGGUAUGGCAGCGGCAGCCCCAAGUCCCCUGGAGGAGGCGCCCCGAUGCUCUACGGCUCCACGCCCACACCUGAUUACCUGUCCGUCAAUAACUCCCAGCCAAGGCUGUUAGGAACUCUUGGUUCUCAGAAAGGCUCCAUCGCCCCAGGAACCGGUCCCCUGACGCUGCCCGCAGUCAGGAACGACCUGGCGCUGGGUUCUGCCGCCUCCUUCUCUGGUCGAGGCCUCCACUUGGGCAAGACUUGGCGGGAAAGAUGCUCGUGGAAGUGCACUUCCAUUGCCCUCAUCAUCCUGUGCGCCAUCCUCACCGCCCUCGUCGCUUACUUUGCUGCCAUGGCAAGCCUCGACAGCGGAACCAAAGGAUGCAUUGUGGUGGAGGACGCAGCUAAAGUCAUCGCCAAAGGAGCGGAUAGGAACGACGCCGAGACCACAACACGACCCACUCAGACUUACUCCCCGCCACUGACCACCACUCUGGCUCGUGCCCCGAAGCCUGACACUGGAAGCACGGAGCUCACGCGGCUGAGGGAACUGAACCGUCGCUAUGUCAACAAGAUCCCGCCCAGAGGCUACUGGAACGCGCAGUUUGAUGUUAAGCAGCCCACCUUUAUGAGGUUCAACUUCACGGUACCCAGAACCGCUCACCUCGCUAUCUAUGGGCGGCGUAACGUGGCUCCCUCCAUCACCCAGUACGACUUCGUGGAAUUCAUCAAGAGUGGACGGCCUGGAAGAAUCAAGCGAGAGGCGGAUUGGGCCUCGCAGGAAUCAAGCACAUCUUCCUCCUCUUCCUCUUCCUCUUCCUUCUCGUCCAUGGUUACCUCCUCCCCCUCGCAAGAUCUGAUGGAGGUGUACCCCGUCCCUCACAGCAGCCAUCUGGACCUUCACCUGGGCUUCAAGGAUGACCUCGAUCACCUGUUGUUUGCCAAGGACGAUGAGGAUUCACGUGAAGUCCUACACGCUGAUGACGAGGAUGUGGAGGAACCUCUUGCCCUGCCAUCCGUGUUCCGGGAGCGUCGCUUCAUCCAUGACCGCGGCGUGAACGUGACACUGGUGGAAUACCUGGACACGGGAACCUGGUACCUGGCUAUCUAUAAUGACGGUAUUGGCUGGAACGAGGUGGAAUUAUACCUGGGCGAGGAACCGGACCUACAGUCAGCGUGUCCCAAUGACUGCAACAACCACGGCUCCUGCGCACUGGGUCGCUGCGAGUGUGUGCCUGGGUGGAUGGGCGAGGACUGCUCCAAGAGUUUGUGUCCGGUUCUGUGCAGCAAUCACGGCGCUUACGGGGGCGGCCUGUGUCACUGUGAACCCGGAUGGAAGGGAAGAGAGUGCGACAUUCCGGAGGCGGAUUGUGAAGUGCCAGAUUGUCGGGGUCACGGUUCCUGCGUCUCCGGAUCUUGUGUGUGUGAGCCAGGCUGGAAGGGCGAUCAUUGCGAGAUUGUGGACUGCGUGGAUCCCAGCUGUCGCGGGCACGGCUGGUGUGUGGAGGGCAGGUGUGUGUGCCGCGCUGGCUGGACUGAUGCGAACUGCUCCACGGUGGACCACAAGGUGUUCACUUGCCUCCCAGACUGCUCAGGCCACGGCCACUACGACCUGCACACCUCGGCCUGCGUGUGUGAGACCAUCUGGACAGGACCUGACUGCUCGGAAGCUCGGUGCAGCCUGGAGUGCGUUCACGGGGAGUGCGACAAGGGUGGGUGUGAGUGCGAGGCGGGAUGGACAGGUGAGAGGUGCGACCAGAGAGCCUGUGAUCCGCGCUGUAACCUCCACGGCCAGUGCCACAACGGAACCUGCGUGUGCGUGCAAGGCUGGAAUGGAAGGCACUGCACUAUACCUGGGUGCGAGAAUGGGUGUUCUGGCCACGGGAUGUGUACUACAGUGGAGGGACAGUACCGGUGCGAGUGUUCUGCUGGGUGGACUGGACCUGACUGUUCUGUGCAGCUCGAGACUGUUUGCGAUGAUGAUACGGAUAAUGAUGGAGACGGUCUCGAGGACUGCUCAGAUUCGGAAUGCUGCUCCUCGGACGCUUGUGUGGAGCAUGUCAUGUGUAUGGUGUCCAGCGAUCCAGUGGAGGUACUUCUACGUAAGCAGCCGCCAGCCGUUACCGCCUCCUUCUAUCAACGGGUGAAGUUUAUCAUCGAGGACUCGAGUGUUCAGAGAUUCACGCAGAAGGACGAGUUUAGUGAAAGUCAAUUUUGGAGCUCCUACAAUCCCCGGCGAGUGGCUGUCAUCCGCGGCCGAGUGGUGACGCCGCAGGGCCAAGGCAUCGCUGGGGUGCGCGCCAGCGUCGACAAGGAAUCCCGCUUCGGCCUCACCGCCACCAGGAAGGGAGGAUGGUUCGACGUGAUGGUUAACGGAGGCGGCGCUGUGACUCUGCAGUUCCAGCGCAUCCCGUUCGAGCCCCUGACGGUAACUGUGCCCGUGCCCUGGAACCAAAUUGUCGCCGUGGACCCAAUAGUUAUCAGGUUCAAGGGCGAGGAGGCGCACGAGGACCGGGACAGAGCAGGCGAGGGCAGCGUGGGGAUGUGGGGCGAGCCUUGCCUGGAGCACGACCACAGCAAAAUGGUGCCCCAGGUGGUGUCCACGUACCUGCCUCACACCGUCGGCGGCGCUCCUCACCUGCCUGUUGUGUUCACGGAGACUCAGGUGGUGCAGGAGUCCCUUCGCAUCCCAGGCAGCGAACUUCACCUCGUCUACCACUCCAACAGCGUCUCUGGGUACCUCUCCACUCUCCUCCUGCAGCUGACUCCUGUAGAAGUGCCGGCAGCUUUGUCUAUGGUGCAUCUGAAGGUGACUCUCGAAGGAUCAGUGUUUGAAAAGGUGUUUGAAGCUGACCCGAACAUUACUUACACCUUCACCUGGAACAAGAGAAACGUAUACAAACAAAAGGUGUACGGGGAGGUGACGGCCCUGCUUUCCGUGGGUUACGAGUACGUGACUUGCUCCAGCAUUGUGUGGGAGACGCUGACGGCGAUACUGCACGGCUUCCACAUGGAUAUCUCAGACGUGGGUGGCUGGAACCUAGAUAUUCACCACAUGUACAACUUCGAGGCUGGUCUUCUUCAGCGGGGUGACGGCUCCACCAUGAGUCUCCGGGAGGCGCCGCGUCUCGUCACCCCUCUCAUGGGCACAGGGUCGCAGCGGCAGAUGGUGUGUCGUGACUGCUCUGGUCUUGCCAGCGACGCGCAGCUCCUCACCCCCACCAGUCUCGCCUCGGGACCUGACGGAUCGGUGUAUGUCGGGGACUUCAACCUUGUACGGAGGAUAACGCCAGACAGGAUGGUGUACACGCUCCUGCAGCUCAGCGCCACCAGAGUCUCCUACAGCUACCAGAUCGCCGUGUCGCCAGCAGACGGGCAGGUGUACGUGAGUGACCCUGAGAAGUACAAGGUGUUACGAGUGCUCUCCCUGCAAGACGUGACGGAACCCUCCACUAACUCAGAGGCGGUGGCUGGUAACGGGGAGAGAUGCAUUCCUGGUGACGAGCGGCACUGCGGGGACAGAGGGUCGGCAAAGAAGGCGCGGCUGGCACAUCCCAAGGGCCUGGCCAUCGCCGCGGAUCGCACCAUGUAUAUCGCGGACGGCACCAACAUCCGCAUGGUGGACCCAGAGGGCAUCAUCCACACGCUGAUCGGUCACCACGGGCACAAGACUCGCUGGCGGCCGCUUCCUUGCCGGGGUGGCCUACCGGCGAGCCAGGUGGAACUACAGUGGCCCACGGGUCUGGCUCUCUCCCCCCUGGACGGCUCUCUGCACAUUCUCGACGACCACGUGGUGCUGCAAGUGACUGGCGACGGCUCCGUGCGGGUACGUGCCGGCACGCCCCUGCACUGCCACGCCAACCUGGACCGCCCUCUUAUUGGAACCAUCACAGGUCUGGCUUUCGCUCCCUCGGGCUCACUCUUCCUGACUGAGGAGGACGCCCACAAACACCACUCCGUCAUGGAACUCACACCCUCGGGGCAGCUGCGGCACUUCGCUGGCGCCAAACCUGACUGUGGGUGUGUUGACAACGACGACUGCACUUGCCCUGCCGAGGAUGACAAGAUCCCCCUAUCCACCACCACUGUCCUGGGCCUGGUGUCUGCCAUCACGGUGUCUCCUGAGGGUGUUGUGCAUGUGGCGGACCAGAAAGCCCUCAAGAUCCUCAGCUUCCGCCACCACCUGCCCGACGACGACCAGGACGGGGACUUCAAGGUGGCGUAUCCAAGGACAAAUGAGCUGUACGUGUUCAACCGCCACGGACACCACAUCGAGACCCAGGACUUGGUGACGGGAAGGACUCUCUACUCCUUCCUUUACUCCAAAAACACGUCCUUCGGCAGGCUUUCCAAGGUCACGGACUCCUCGGGCAAUAAGGUCAUGUUCCUGCGUGACUACAAUUCCGCAGUCAGCCAGAUUGAGAACACCAUGGGGGAGAAGUUCUCGGUAACCAUAAGUCGUGUUGGUCUCAUGACGAGGUUCUCAGAAAGGCCAGGACGCAUCUACGACUUCACCUAUGACUACGACACUGGCCUCCUACUAGCCUCGACCUCCCCUGGCCGCCUCACUUAUGUCUACGAGUAUGAUACCACGGGCCGCCUGGUGACCGUGGUGGCGCCGACGGGCACUCGUGUGGGUGUGGACUCAUGGAUGGGUGGUGAGGGGGCGCGCAGAAGCCUGAGUGUGGGCGUGGGCGGGAAUCAGGGUGAACACAACGCCUACACUCUCACACUCACUGGCAACUCAAAGGCAGUGUUCCAGCAGGACGAAGUAACAUCCGACCUCCGUGUUUGGGCUAAUGGUACCUGGCGCCAAGCUCUUCCCUGGGGAGGUUACGCCCGCGCCCUCGCCACGGCCUCCUCUCCCCUGCUGGAGGUGUCGCUGCCCACUCAAGCCAGCCUCCUGCCCGCCGUCCACCGCUACGAGGUCGCCAUGGCCCCGGGACCCCCCAACGCUCUCACUAUUAGCUACGGAGUUGGGGAGCGUCGCCGUCAGGAGCGUGUUGUGGAGACUGUCUUGCUGGUGAACGGGUCCAGGGUGCUGCGUAGGGCAUGGGACGGCACUACACACACAGAGUCACUCACAGAUGGCUCUAGUAAUCCUCUGCUUCGUCUCACCUAUGACCACAAUGGGCACCCGACCUCACUCACGCUGGGCAACUGGCUGUCCUCUCUCAACGUGACAUAUGACAGGUUCGGCAGGACUGAAUCACGACAAUGGGACUGGUCUGUGGAAACUUAUGAAUAUGAUGAUCACGGUCUACUGUCCACUGUCUCCUCCCACACUGCCCACACCACGCGCUACACCUUCGGCGACACCCGCUUGCCUGCCACCAUGACCCUUCCAUCUGGUCGACUCUGGCGCCUGCACUACGACGAACGUGGAGGACUCAAGUACAUCACAACACCAACAGGAUCCGCCCACUUCUUCUCCCUCCAACCUUCCUUCGGAUGGUUUGUAUUCUCGUAUACCCCGCCAGGCUCCACGCAUUCCUAUAGACAGUAUUUGGACCAUGCAGGCCGCCUACUCCUCACUGCCUUCCCUGCCGUGUCCGCAAAGGUCCUCUACACCUACACGGAGGCUGGACAGUUGAAGGAGAUCGUGUCCGGUGAUGGAAAGACUGAGUUCGCAUACGGUUCUGAUGGGCUGUUGUCGGAAAUCACUCAUGAGGAGGUUGAGUUGGAGUACAAGAUGGAUAUGCUCUAUGACGGUCGACUGCUUCAAGAACACCGUAUUGACUAUGGCGCCAGAACGGGUCUGAGCAAUGUCAAGUUUACAUAUGAGUAUGACUCCAACUUCAGAGUGACUAGCUUUGCGGGGCGUAUUGGCGGCCAGAACCUCCUGCCAUUCACAUAUGCCUACAACCCCAUUACCGGAGGACCUUCAAGCAUCGGCAGGUUUACCGUAACCAGGAAUGAACACAGUGAGACAACGAUCCAUGACGGCACUGCGAUCUUCUCUAGGCAACUGAAUUCCCACCUGCACGUGUCCCAGUCCUCCGUCACCAUCCACAACCGGGAAGUGUUCAAGCUGCAGAUCUUCUACAACUCAGAUGGAAAGAUAAACCAGACCAUGACCUUCACUCCGAACUUCCACAACAAGCCAUACACCAACACGCGGAACUAUACCUACGACGCAGACGGUCAGCUCAUCAGUGUGGAGGCCAAGGAACCGUGGAGCUUUUCCUACGACACCAAUGGCAACAUGCUGUCCCUGACCUACUCCACCAACACCAUUCCCAUGAAGUACGACUCACAGGAUCGGAUUGUCAAGUUCGGUGAGGGGGUCUAUCGCUACGACUCCCGCGGUGCUAUCGUCCAGAACGCUCGUGAAGUAACCUACCACUACAACGCACGGGGUCUUCUUGUACGUGCCGCAAAAUCAGGUCGUUUCAACAUCCGCUACCUGUACGACCACGAAGACCGCCUGGUGGCCCGCAAGGACAACUUUGGGAAUGUGACGCAGUUCCUGUAUACUGACCAGCGUCAUCCGGAUCAGGUGACGCACAUCUACAGCCCGCGUGACGGGAACCUCAUCACGCUGGUGUAUGACGACCGUGGCCACAUCAUCUUUGCGCAGGUUUACCGAAAGAAGUACUACAUCGCUACGGACGAGUGCGGAACCCCGGUGAUGGUGUUCAACCAGUACGGGGAAGUGGUGCGGGAGAUGAUGCGAUCCCCUUACGGCCACAUCAUGUACGAUUCGAACCCUUAUCUGUACCUACCUGUGGAUUACUGUGGUGGGUUACUGGAGACGCGUACGGAACUGGUGCAUAUGCCUCGUGGACGAAUUUACGAUCCUCUGAUAGGUCAAUGGCUGUCACCAUCUUGGGAGGAUGUAUUGCAGAACCUACUGAACCCCGCCAAGCUGUCCUUGUACCGCUUCAAUGGCAACGAUCCCAUCAACGUUCACCUCACUCACUGGAAGAACUACGAUUACAAGGCAUGGCUGUCGCGUCUCGGUUACAACCUGGAGAGCCUCGCCCCGCAAUUGGCGUGGGCGUCCAGCACUAAACGCCCACCCCCGCCCACACUCUGGCAGGCCUUCACACGCACGCCCAACCUCCCGAUGCGUGCUGCCACCUCUCCAUUCACCGAGCAAGUGAAGAGUGUCCGGUGCGUCAGCGGCUUGGUGCUCACCCUGGAAGAAGCCGCCCGCACCACCGCCCGCCUCUCCACCCUCACGCCCACGCUUCUCCGUCAUGACUUUUGGCCCCAGAAUCACCAGGUGGAGAUCUCGACAGUACCAGGGCCUUUUGGGGAGGGUCUGCUGGUGUCGUCAGUGGAAGGGCGCGCCAUGGUUACUCCCACGGACCACGCCAACCCAAUCUUCAGGGACGUGCUGACCUCAGUCUUCAAUAACUCUCUGCUUCUUGACAUCACCGUCACGUAUCACAACACUCAUGUCUUCUACUUCGUCAAGGAAAACUUUUGGAAGGCCGCGGAGGACAUGACGCAGCUGCACCGUCUUGGAGGAGAGGUCAACAUUACGGCCCAUGAAUCCUCCAACUCCCAGCCUCUCACCCCGAGCGACGAAGGCACUGACAAAUUCGUGGACGUGAAGUUACAUAGCGCCUCUGCAGUCAUCCACAUUCGCUACGGCACCACCAUCCAGCAGGAGAAGAAACGCCUCCUGAGACACGCCAAGAAGUUGGCCGUCCGCCGCGCCUGGGCAGAGGAGAGAGACCGCCUAUCCUCGGGUCUGCCUGGGACUGUCGAGUGGUCCUCCAGCGAGACAGAAGAACUCCUGUCUCGAGGGUCUGUCAGCAGCUACACGGCGCGCUACCUCCACCCACCAGAGACUUACCCCGCGCUGCUCGACGACCCCACCAAUGUUCGCUUCUUCAAGGAUACCAAGAGGACCAGACGGAACUCCAAGACCCGCCGAAGGUCCCACCGCUGCCGCAAGUGGUGGAGAGGCCUCUGCUAGCUCCUCUCCGGCCUCCCUCCGCCCUCCCGUCGUCGUCUCUCUCCGUUGCUCCUCCCUUUCUGCGGCCAAAAAGGUGGUGCAUGGAAGAAUUAACACACACACACACACACACACACACACACACCAUAUGGGAGAGGAGGACUUAUUAGCACUUCUCGACUUGAACAUUUCGUCCGGUUGACUUUCCUUCCGCGUAAGAGAGAGACAUAGAGAGACAGGGAAGAGGAGGAAGAGGAAUGAGAGAGGAGCAACAGACUCGUCCUCACUUGUUGCCCCUCGUUCCUCGCCCGACGGCCGGGGGGGGCGAGGCGGCGCGUGACUGGACUGGCCAGCGCCUCGCCCCGCCCGUGUCCGCUGCCGUGGCUGUGAGGAGAGGCCAGCAUCUACAGCACCUACGAAAACACAAGAUUUUUUUUUUUGAACCCACUUCAAACGUAAUUACUGUAUGUUAAACUUCCACGAUGAAGACUGACGCAAGUGUGUCAAGGACGGAAAAAAACUUUCCAGGAAGAAAGAAAAGACAGUUUUUUUCUCUCUCCUUUAUCGUCCGUUAAGUGUUUUAGAAAGUGAAUCCAAAAUACAGAAGAAAAGUGGAGUGAGGAGACUAUUCCAGAAAGCAGACCCGCGAGAAACUUGCAGUCGUGGCUUGAAUGUCAGUGACGGCGGCGGCGGCGCGAGACUGCGGGGUGCCGGGUUGGGCUCCCGCGGGGCCAGCGGAGGGUCAGGAGCGGCGCCGCGGAAUCUUUCUGGUGACUGGCAGGUGCGACGCACGACAUAAAAAAUAAAAUAGGUUUCGAUUGACAAUGAAAAUGGACGAGUGUCGUUUAGCUACCGAGUGAGAGUGAGUGAGUGAGUGCGUGUGCGUGUGCUGCUUGCCCCGCCCCGCCCCGCCUUACUGUGGCUGCUCCGCCCUCCACAAUACUGCAGUGGCAAGACGCGUCACUGGAGUGCCACGCGAACCUCGGUCCCUAAGUGCAGGCCGUGGGUGUCGAGGAGCUUUACCCUCCCCUCAUGCCCCUCUCCUACAGUAGCUGCUGCAAAUGUAUAUGUCUAUUUACGCAUAUGUAUGUGAUUUGUAUACAUAUGUAGAAUACUCCGGCAGCCCCAGGAGGCGCGGGUUGCCCUCUCGCAUCGCACUCCACCGAGCAACAUUAUCAGUGUCCGCACCUCUGUCAGCUUACCUUCAUGUAUUUUUUAUAUAAGAUUCACCACCGGCGAGGCAGUGUCUCAAUGUCUCAGGCGCCGCGCCCCUCCACGCCCCUUCACACCCCCACCCCCGCCGCAGCCCCGGAUCCAUCGUGCAGUUCUUGGCGGUGUUAUAAAGAAUUUUAUUUUUCACUUUUAUCAAAUGUUCAACCAAAGAUAUUAGUGUAUUUUAUUUUAUUAUGUGUAUGUAUGGAUGUAUGUAUGUAUAAGUGUGUUGUAAUGUUUUUCGUCACUCAGAACUUCCUCGAUCACUCGCGCGGCCCCGCGGCAACACGGCGCGAGGAAGGCACAUUCCACCCUCAUUCCCUCACCCGCCGCCAUCCAGCAGUAGGGAGUGCGCUCCGCCACGACCCUGGGGCACUGCGGGGAUGGGACAGGGGCGGGGCGCUUGGUCCCAGAACCCCGCCGCCCCGAGCCGCCAGGUGUGCCCCGCGAGGUGCGGUCACGUCACACCUGAUGUAAAAGUAAUUUAAAGAAAAAAUUGCAAGUGAUGUUCUUAUUUUUACAGCAAGAAUUUCCCACGUUUUGGCGGGCGGUGCGCAGCGUCGCGGCGCGCUGCCUCGCCGAGAGCCACUCUUCUGUUAAGUUCGUCUGAGAACCGUUCAUUUGGGAGGGGCGGCCAGCCCCGGCGAGGAAGGCACAAGGUGCUAUUAAGUUUACGCAUUUUUAUAUCUUCAGAAACUCACUAUGUAAAUAAUAGUGUGUAAAAUUAUCUAUUUAACUUUAUAUCUCCGACUCCUUCCCGUUUCCUCACUCCGCGCUGUUCCUCAUCCUGAUGAUUUAUUCCUGUGUAGCUGCCGUUUUCUUCGUUCCCUGCGUCCCACCGUAGCCAGUCACUCCUGACCAUACUUUUGACGUAGCGAGUAACUAUAUUAAGGACGCUGCUCCGAAAUCAUGACCUGCAGGCGGACGGUGUCACGCCAACAGUCAGUCAGUCAGUCAGUCGACGUAGUGUUAAGGCAAUACACCAGAGGUCACCAGAGAUCAAGUCAGCACACACAGACACACACACACACACACACACACACACACACACACACACACACACACACACACACACACACACACACACACAUCAGAUCUUGCCUGUAGGAUCAUUUCAGUGUCAAGCUAGUCAGUGUGUAAUGUAGGAAAACAAUAAGUAAAAAAAAAAUACAAACUUCACUACACUAUGAAUAACUACCACAACUACUGCUGCUGCUACUACUACUACAACUACUACUACUACUACUACUACUACUACUACUACUACUACUACUACUACUACUACUACUACUACUACUUCUACUUCUACUACUACUACUACUACUACUACUACUACUACUACUACUAUAAAUAAUCCAUACGUACGUCGCUGUUCAUUCAUUCAUUCAAUGCCCAGGAAGGUGAAUGGAAUCCAGUGAGCCGCGCCCAGAGUGAGCCGCCACUUGGCGCGAGGUGAACACUCCAUUGGUCGAGGAAAAUGACCACUGCCAGUUUACGUUUUCCGUGGUCUGGUCUGGGCUCGUCAUUGCCACCUGCCUUGCUUUCCUCCCCUCUUUCCUUCAACUGCCUUCACUCCGUAUUUUAGACCCCACUUAAGACACUACCACCACCACUACUACUCCUACUACUAACACUAUUACUACUACUACUAUUACUCACGUUUUAUGAGUGCUGUAUACAUUCGUCAUCUCUACUCAAUCCUGCAUUCGCUUCCCGCCCUCAUAAUUCGUGCUUGUGAACCUCCUUCCUCAUUGGUUGGAGUGCAUGUUAACGCGGCCUGUGAUUGGCUAAAAAUUGACCAAUAGUAAGGGUGGGUGUCCUUGCGAGUACCGGAAGAGCAGGACCGAGUAUAGAUGUUUGUAAAAUAAUUCAAGAAGUUUUUAUUUUCCAACUAAAAUUAGAGAAGGAAAUAAUAAUAAUGAUAAUAAUAAUAAUAAUAAUAAUAGUAAUAAUAAUAAUGCAUUUGUAUGGGAAUUUUUGCCAAAGAUUUGCUGCUUGUAUCUGUAAUGUACACAGAUCCAUAUUUAUAUUUCCUGCAAGAAGAGAAAGAAAAAGAGAAGAGGAAGAGUAGGAAUGAAGCUUUUCCUUUCUCGCGCCACGUCUCUUUAAUGUUGUACUAUAUGUGAUUUCUGUAAAUACAACUAAUAAUGAAAGAAACCAGAAAAAAAUAAGAAGAGAAAAAAAAAACAACUAUACAUUACAAUUCUCACCAUGUAAAUAAUUAGCGUGUUCCUUCCCCCCCCUCCCCCACUAACUCCCUCCUCCCUUGUAUAUAAUUGAUCAUAGUUCAGGAAUGAUCGCAAAGGUAGACUCUUAAGGACUUGACUGAGAUGAAUUUUGCUCCCUUGCUGAUCCCCGCUGAGUUCCCGCUGUCUGUUCAUCAUUUUUUUUUUUCCUUUUUGCUUUUUUUUCCCUUUGUCUUUUUACUUUCCUCUCUUCUGGACUUCUUGGCGUUGAUGUGUGGAUUUUUUUUUUUCUUGUUUAUUCUCUUGUAUUUUUAUUUACCUUUUAUUACUCUCUCUCUCUCUCUCUCUCUCUCUCUCUCUCUCUCUCUCUCUCUCUCUCUCUCUUGUAUAACUGAGAACUUACGCCCGUCCCCCAAAAAGUUUCAUUAACGUUCUUUAUCAGUUUAUCGUCUUUUUUUUUAUUAUACGCUUCUUUUUUCUCAACCUUUGCAGUGAAUUUUGAAGAUGUUUCAUGUUUUUAUCACGUAUUUAAAUAAUGAUUAGGUAAUUCUAACUCGAAACAUUAGGUUGUUAUAGAUACGAAUUGUGUCUUGGUACUAAUUCACGUGUUUUCUCUUAUUUUAUUUUUGUUUUCAGUAUUCUCAUUUUUUUUCACUCCAUUUUUUCUCGAUUCUACGUUCAGCUAUCUUUUAUGUGGUCCGGUUUUCCUCCCCUCGCUUUUUAUAUUAUCUGUGUUACCUCAAUCACGCCUUCAACACAUAUACAUACACACACAUCAUUGUCCUCCUCCUGUCCUCCUACUCCUCCUCCUCCUGUAGCAUCUCCUUCCUCCAGAUCCACACGUCAAAUAACCCAAUACUAUAUAUAUAUAAAUAUGAAUAAUUGCCUCUCUUCUCUGCUUGGAUAAUAUCUGUUGGUCUCGAGGCGGUGAGUCUCGCGGCGCCUCGAGGGUCGCGCGGGGCUCACCCUCCCCCCGACUGACCCCCAGAUUUGUAUGAUCAAUGGUCUUGGCUGUUUAUAAAUGAAAGUGUUUCUAUCAAAUAAAAAUGAAUUAUUUUGUA